AUGUCGACGAACCGCGGCCCCUCAACUACCAAGAACAUCUUGGAGCUACUACGGGCAGAGCUGAGCAAAACGGAGCGUGGAGACAGGGAAGAAGCAGCGAUUUUCGAAGUUGCUAGUGGAAUGGCUUUUCUCAGUGCUCUAAUGAGUGACUAUCCACCUGCAGUGCUUCCAUUAGGCCAAACGGAGCCGUUGCUUCACUCAGUCAAUAUCUGCCAAAUUGGUACUAGGGGCGAUGGGAAGCUGUCUCUGCAACACAUCGUAACAGCCCUGCAAAUUUCCGGUAUCGAAGUUCACGGGCAGAAAACAUCUGAAGCGAUGCCAGCUUAUCGGCAUGGUUGCUCAACAGGAAGUUGGGCCCGUCAAAUACAGGUACUGCCCAGCCUCCUCCUAGACGAAUGCCAUCAGCAACCUCCUGUUUUGACUGCCACUUACGCCCAGCUGUCCAAAAUUCUGCACUCGCCAUUGAGCAGUGUGGAGGACUGGACGAAUGCUUCAAUUGUGUGCGCACACCCGGCUUUCAAAGACUUUAGCAGUCUGGUAUUUUUGGCGAACCGGCUGACAGAGCAGACCGGUUCCUGGAUGGAAGAUGCGGCUCUGAUUCGAGCUUUACUAAUCGCCGAUGCGUGUGUUACACCAAAACAUCUGGUAGCUGACCCUAUAUGGGCAAAGGUGGCAUGCGACGGUGUUGUAGUAUCGAUAGAACAGGAACCAGUGGCUGCGGAUCCAGGCCCAUUUAACGACGUUUCCAUCAGCAUUUGCGCUGUCCCAAUGGACACAUGGGUUGGCAUUCGCACCGGCGCUUACUUGUGUCCGGAAGGUUGGGGACCAAAUUCAUGGGGCGGCGAAGUCGCCGUUGUCCCCGUUGAAACAUGCUGCCUUGAUGACCCUGCAACCUGGCUGUAUGUUCUGUCAUUUGUGACAACUCGGCUGUGGAACGGAUUACACUUGUACAAGGCCAUAAUAAAACCCAACAAGGAGCUAAGCAGUGCGAGCACAACUACGGAACACAUUGUUGUGAAAUUCAAGCCGUUAGCCACGAAUGUUGUCGUGGAUGGACCAACACGCAUUUUGUUGGUGCUUACUAACCUGACGUCUCAACUUAACUCGAAAGAAACACGCAUCACCGAUGUUAAAAUACCAAUAUGGCGGCCGUCAAAAGAGGCAAUGUUCCCUGCUGAUGUGACCGAAAUCCUGAGACAACAGGCAGGCACUCGAGCAGCCACCAAUAAUGUCGAGGGCUUAUGGCGUUUUGCAUGGCAAUACCUUAUGCGCUAUACUGCUACGGAGGCGAGCGUACAAAGAGCUAUAUAUCUUGUUGCUGAGACCGUCAGGAAUCUCGAUCUCGGCUUUGCAUCCAAUCCAGCUAAGGCGUUCCCAGUUUAUUCAAUUCACUUGAAGUCAGGUUUUUUGCCAAACUUGCCUGACGUUAAUUUCGAUGUCAAAAACUGGGAGGACCCUAAUAUGAACAUUCAAGAAGCAAUUACAAAUAUUAAUGCUCACAACGUCUACCCGCAUGGCUUU